CUAUGUUCCAUGAGAUUCCCCAAUAGAUGAGUCAAUCUAUCUGUAAUGAGUCAAUCUAUCUAUACGAACAACCUAUAUAAGAACCACAAGGCCCACUUAUCCCACAUGGUAAUCAUGAGCAUUCAAGCAAAAUCAAGCAAUUAAGCAGCCAACCAAUCAAUCAUCAAUCAACCAACCAACAAAAUGACCUACACAAUCCACCCCCUCACGCUAGAAGACAUCCCCGAAACCUUCACCAUGGCCCAGCAGGCCUUCUCCAAAUCCAACCGCCACUUCUACAACCCCUACCCCUACUCAGACGAGUCCCACGCCCAGCUCCUCGAGCGACAGCUGGACUUCUUCAAAGACCGCCCCCCAAACCAAGCCUUCAAAGCCGUCGACGACGCAACAGGGCACAUCGUAGGUGCAGCCGGGUGGGGCGUGCACGUCGAGGACGAGCCCGUCACGCAGACGCUCAAGGAGACGGUCGAGGCGCGCAUGCAGCCCCGCAUUCCGGAGCUCUGCGAGGAUCCCUUUCGCGGUGUUUAUACCGCUAUGAAUGAGGGGCGCCGCGAGGUUAUUGGGGUUGUUGGUGGGGAGGGGGGGGAGGUGGUGCGGUUCAAGAAGAGGGUGGAGUUGCAGUUUCUGCAUACGCAUCCGGAGUAUCAGCGACGGGGGAUUGGGAGUGCGCUGUUGAAGAGGUUUCUGGAGGAGACGGCGGGGUUGGGACUUAUGCUUUAUUUGCAGGCUACUGAUGAGGGGAGGCCGCUUUAUGAGAAGAUUGGGUUUGAGGCUGUUUUGAAGCGCACUUAUGUGUUUGAGGAUGGGGAUGCGGAGCCGUAUAAUAUCUCGUUCAUGGUGAAGUCGCCCAAGGUGAAGACUUUGUGUGUUUCGGGGGAGGGUCUGCAUUCUCCAGAGACGGCUAUUGCUUGAUGGACGACGGGCUGGGUAGUACUCCGCAUAUGCGGGGAUGACACUUGGGUCAAGCCCUCCCAAAUGCUAAAUAGCAUUUGGUGCAGUGGGGAUAGUACAUAUGUAGUCGGCUUAUCGGACUUAGGGUUGGAAUCUAUGGCUAUUGCAUGAAUCGGACUUAUGGUGCUACUAUGGACUCAUGGUUCAUAUACAAG